UCCUUUUCGGGACGUUUGCUGCUUAAAAAGAGCGGAGUAAGGGGUGCGGAAGGAGAGAUGGACUUUACCAGCAGUUUCCGCGGCCUGCUUCGCCUCCUCAUUUUUCUCUCUGGACCAUCCAGCGACCCGUAGUGUGAAAAGCGUGGAGGUGGUCUCCCGGGACCUUCUGGCUUUGGGGGUCAGGGGCGGAGGACAAUGUAUUACUGCGGAAUAUAUUUCUCAGCAUUCCUCCCAGGCGUGUUCCUUGACGUCAAAGGCAGGGGUUGGAAAGUUCUGGGAAAGGACUAUGUAUCCCGACAUUCCCUGGAACCUUCUACUUCCCUUUCUUCUCCCCCCACCCCCCGCCACCACUCUUCCCCUCUGUCUCCCAAUGAAAGACACGACUUCCCGAUGUGCCUAGGGGUUCCCAGUGCUGGGCUCUAUAGGACCUGGAUUCUUUAGAUGGCCUCAGCAUCCUCAGUUUCCCAAGUACAUCGAGAGAGCGCGUGGACGCUGUUUCCCAGGAUCUCCUGGGGAACCUCUUUUGCCAGCGCCCGAAGCGCGCGCACACUGCAUUUCCCGGCAUCCUCCCCGGUGCCUGCCCGACUUUCCUCCGCCAGCCGGGUGGGAGCCAGUGACGUUCCCGGAGGAGCGAGGACUUCAUUUCCCAGAAUGCCCUUUGGUCAGUGCCCCUCCUCCCGACUGUGGUCCAGCUGUCGCUGACUGCAUUUCCCAGUACGCUCCGCGGGGUCGGUCAGCCGUGUGAGCGUGCGCGAACUGCAUUUCCCGGCGAGCCCCGCGGCGCGGACCCGGAGCCGGAGCCGCAGCCGCAGCCGGAGCCGGAGCCGGAGGCCGGAGCGGCUGCGGCCUGGAGCGGAACCGGAGCCCAGCCCAGCCCGGCCCGGCCGGGGCCCCGGGGAGCAGCGCGGCGGCCUCUGAGGCGCCAUGAGCGGCGGAGCCCCGGCGGGCGGUGGCGGCGGCAGCGGCGGUAGCGGCAGCAACAGCUCGGGCCGGACCGGGACCGGCUCGUUCAUAGAGCCUGGGACUGGGGGGCCGGCGGGGCAGGCGGGGUCGGGGCCGGGGUCAGGGGCAUCGGGAUCAGGAGCGCCGGGGUCGGGGCCGAGCGGAAGCGGAUCAGGCCCGGGGACCGCCGACUCCAAGAUCUUAGCCCCGGGCCCAUCCUCCGCCUCGGCCCUGCCGGCCCCGAGUUCCGGCCCUGGACCUGGUUCCGGUCCCGGUUCCCUUCCUGGCCCCGGCUCCAACGUCGCAGGAGCCGGGACAACGAUCUUAGCCUCGGGCUCCACCGUAGUAGGAGGAGGAUUAGGAGGGAGCUCUAGCUUCCCCCCGCCCGCCGUGAAACUGGGCCGUGACAGUGGGAAAGUGACCACAGUGAUGGCAACCUUGGGGCAGGGGCCAGAGCGCUCCCAAGAGGUGGCCUACACAGACAUCAAGGUGAUUGGCAAUGGCUCCUUUGGUGUCGUCUAUCAGGCCCGCUUGGCAGAGUCAGGGGAGCUGGUGGCCAUCAAGAAGGUGCUGCAGGACAAGAGGUUCAAGAACCGGGAGCUGCAGAUCAUGCGCAAGCUGGACCAUUGCAACAUCGUCCGGCUCCGCUAUUUCUUCUACUCCAGUGGGGAGAAGAAGGACGAGCUCUACCUGAACCUGGUGCUGGACUUCGUCCCCGAGACCGUCUACCGGGUGGCCCGACACUUCACCAAGGCCAAGCUGACCAUCCCCUCCAUCUACGUCAAGGUGUACAUGUACCAGCUUUUCCGGAGCCUGGCCUACAUCCACUCGCAGGGGGUGUGCCACAGAGACAUCAAGCCCCAGAACCUGCUGGUGGACCCCGACACCGCUGUUCUGAAGCUGUGCGACUUUGGCAGCGCUAAGCAGCUGGUGCGGGGGGAGCCCAACGUCUCCUACAUCUGCUCGCGGUACUACCGGGCCCCCGAGCUCAUCUUUGGAGCCACCGACUAUACCUCGUCCAUCGACGUGUGGUCGGCCGGCUGCGUCCUGGCCGAGCUCCUCCUGGGCCAGCCCAUCUUCCCCGGGGACAGCGGCGUAGACCAGCUGGUGGAGAUUAUCAAGGUGCUGGGGACGCCGACGCGGGAGCAGAUCCGGGAGAUGAACCCAAAUUACACUGAGUUCAAGUUCCCCCAGAUUAAGGCCCAUCCCUGGACGAAGGUCUUCAAGUCCCGGACCCCUCCCGAGGCCAUCGCCCUGUGCUCCCACCUGCUGGAGUACACCCCCGCCACCAGGCUGUCCCCCUUGGAGGCCUGUGCCCACAGCUUCUUCGACGACCUGCGAAGCCCUGGGGCCCAGCUCCCCAACAGCCGGCAGCUGCCCCCCCUCUUCAACUUUAGCUCCAGUGAGCUUUCCAUCCAGCCAAGUCUCAAUGGUAUCCUCGUCCCUUCCCACCUGAGGAGUCCCGCGGCCUCCAUCUCCUGCCCCCCGUCCUCACUUGGUGAGUUGGACACGGAGCCCCCCCCACCCCCGUUGAGCCUUCUGGCCUGCGAGAGACUGGCUCAACCCUCUGCCGUCCUGUCGCCUCAGUUUUAGGGGAGACCCAGGAGCGGCCGGGACAGGAGCCUUCCACGUCUGUCGCCAACUCCUCCUGAGGGCCUCGAGGAGCCCCUCCAUCCCGGAGGCCCUGGGUUGGGCCUGGGUCCUGGAGCUCGCCUUCUCCCUAUCCCCGGCUGGGCUCCGUUUCUAGAUGGGGGUGAGGACAGGGGAGAAGACGGCUGUGACCCAGGCCCCUCCCACCUCCCGGAGGCAAGAGCCUGGUGGGGGUCCUGGAGGAGGGGGCGCCCCUUCCACUCCGUCCCCCCCACUGAGCCGGCUGGCCGAGCUGGCUUUUUAACAGAGGAUUUUAACUGGGUGUUGGAGGGUGGCAGAGAGAAAAGGAAGAGGCUCUCCGGGCUUGGAGCGCUCCCCCAGCCCCUGCCACCCCCGUGUGUCCCUUGUAAAUAGGACCAGACCCUGCCUCGGGCCCCUCCUCCUUCCUGACCCCCCCCCCCGGGGUGUAAAUAGAUUGUUAUAAUUUUUUUCUUAAAGAAAAUGUCGCAAUGAUUCGCGCCGCCCAUCUCCCCCGUCCCCAGCUGUGCUACCAUCUGCCCGCACCACUGAUCCCCUCAGCUUCCUCCCCUCGCCCCCAGCCCCCGGGACAGGGAGGGGGGCUGGGGGGAUCCUAAUGUCUUAGUUCCCAAAGUAGGGUUUGCCUGUGUACAGACCUUUCCGUUCAAUAAAUUAUUGGCAUGAGAA